AUGACCGAAACCAAUCCAACAGAACCUUCAGCACUUGUAACUCCUUCAAAUGCAAUGGAGACGGAGCCCAUCAAAGCUGAAGAAGUAAAACAAGAAAACACGACGAAUAGUGAAGACUCGAAUGUACCAGAAGGCGAACAAGUUCAAGGCGAUUUACCACCAAAAUGUCCUUCAACCCCUUCUGGUGUACCACCUGAAAAUAAAGAAGAAAAUAAAGAAAAAAGUGAACCAGUGAAAAUGGAGGAAGAACCAAAGAAAGAAAUUCCAAAAGAAUUUUUCAUCGAACGUGAUGACGUCAUCUCAACACUUGUCGAAGCGACGUACCCACUUGUGACGUACGAAGAAAUGCUCUUGCGAUUCAAAAAUGAAACAUUUGGGGAGGACUGGAUCAAAAAAGACGAACAUAGAAAAUUGCAGACGUUUGCGAUUAACAUGUUAUACCAGAAAUUCCCGGAAAGCGUCGCGAAGACAAUUUUCCCUUUUGUCGAUGUCAUCGAGAAGUUCAUCGCGAAGCCGUCGGAAGAGGAGAUGAGACUGAUCAGAGUCUUAACUGCACAAGCGAUGUCUCCACUGAAGGCACCGCCACUGAUUUCCGCUGAGAAGAAAUUGCCACCGUCCGACCAAAAAGGGAUUUCGCCUAUGACGGUAUUAGAAAAGAUAUCAGAAAAGAAAGACGACGUCGAACCAGUGAAGGAGAAGCCAAAGGAGAAAAUAGAAGAGAAGAAAGAAGUCCUUAAGAGUGAAACCCCCACCAGAACCGACUUUAAAGACACUCAACGAGACAGAAACGAGGACGGCAGAGAACGAAAAAAUGACAGAAAAUCAUAUCGAAGCGAUCGAAGACAACACGAAGAACGUUUUGAGAGAAGAGACAGAGACAGGAGCUUUAAUGAGCGUAGAGAGGAUAGAAGAGAUGAUCGAAGAGACGAGAGAAGAGACGAAAGAGGAUUUACGAAAAAUAGAAGAGAUGACGUCUACAAGCGAAACUCAAGAAAUAGAUCGCCAAGACGGUCAAGAAGUGCGUCGAGAGAAAACAGUAGAAGAGAGAGAUGA